AUGGGCGACUUGGGACCAUAUCUCGAAUACGACGGUGAAGACUACAUCUGUACUAUCUGUGACAGAUGGUUCAGGACUGAAGGUGCGCUUUUCGCCCAUUGCAGAGCAACCACACGACAUGAAUGGUGUGAGAGAUGUCGUCGGGUAUUUGUCUCAGAAGACUCACAUAACCUUUGUCGUUCCUGUCGCGAACCAAUAGACUUUGAAACGAAUGAAGAUCUUCGAGACCAUCUGGUGGAUUAUCAUAAUGCUUGUCUUGAGUGCAACAUUUUUCUCAAGUCUGCUGAGGAUGUCCUAAGCCAUGAUAUCUCUGUCCACCAUUAUUGCAAUAUCUGCGACAGAUACUUCGGCAACGAAAACAAUCUAAGAAUGCAUCGGCAGAAGCACCAACCCAUGGACGUGGAAUGCUAUGGCUGCUAUCAUCGCUUCAGGUCAUUUUCCGGGAUGCUAAUUCAUCUGGAAUCAGGGGCCUGUCAAUCGGGGGUUUCGGAAGAGACGAUUGAUGAUUUAGCGACGGAGUGUUACCAGAGCAGGAAGUAUAUUGUUGGAACAGAUGGAGACUGGCAGUAUGAGUGUCCAGACUGUGAGAGGCAGUUCUGGCAACUAUCUGCGUUGUACCAGCAUGUUGAGGAUGUCCCUGCCUGCUCCUAUCUUGCGAACGGAGAUGGUUGUCUGGCUAAGCUUGAACGCUUUAUGGCUUCCAGGUUGCCAUGAAUCCAUGCAUUCCUCCAUGUUAACUCUUUGUUCUUGCUAGAGGUAAAUCAUAGCAUGCAUGUGAAUUGAUCCUUCAGGUUAACACGGUA